AUGGCAUUCAAUAAAGAGACAUCCAACGACCUCGACGAUGUUAAGCUUGCUGCCCACCAUGAAGACAUCGCAGAUAUUGUUGGUCUCAGUGAAGAGGAGCAAGUCGUUGCAAAGAAGCUGGUUCGACGGAUUGAUCUGCUUAUCAUGCCACUGGUCAUUCUGGUCUAUCUGAUGAACUACAUUGACAGGAAUAAUUACGCAGCUGCUCGACUGCAAGGCCUUGAGACCGACCUCAAUCUCCAAGGCAAUCAAUACCAAACCGGCCUUGCCAUUCUCUUUGUGAGCUAUCUUCUCACCCAAGUGCCAUCUAACCUAUUUCUCAACUACUGUGGCCGACCGUCUCUAUAUCUCGGCUUCUUUGUUACGGCAUGGGGUCUUGUCUCUGUUUUAACAUCGCAAGUCAAAGGCUAUGGAGGUAUCGUGGCAUGUCGAUUUAUCCUUGGCCUUGUUGAAGCUCCAUUCUUUUCCGGUGCUCUUUUCUAUCUGUCUAAAUGGUAUACCCAGGACGAACUUACUCUUCGCAUGGCUAUCUUUUAUUCCGGAUCUCUGAUAUCUGGUGCUUUUGGUAAUUUAAUCGCCGCGGGUAUCUUGAAUGGCCUCGCAGGAAAGCGUGGAUUAGCAGCAUGGCAAUGGCUGUAUAUCAUCGAAGGCUCUAUCACCGUCUUUAUCGGGUUGAUCAUCUGUGCAAUCCUCCCGGACUUUCCACAUACAUGGCGCCUUCUCAGCGAGCAGGAAAAGCAUGUGGCUAAUCGUCGCAUGGCCCUUGAAGCUGCAAAUGCCGAUACAGAUGAUGGCAAGGGAAUGUCUCAACUGCGAGGGUUGAAGCUGGCUGUCAUGGACAUCAAGACGUGGAUUUUGGCAAUUGGAUACAUGGCCAUGGCUGGUGCAGGGGGAUUUCAGAAUUUUUUCCCAACGCUUACAGAUACGCUUGGCUAUGACCAUAUCGUCUCGCUGUUGCUGGUUGCGCCUCCGUAUGUCUUUAUGACCUUCUGGACGUAUGCCCACGGUGUCAUUGCGGAUAGAUGCAAGAGGCCAUUCUGGUUCUACAUGUAUCCCGUGCCGAUCACGAUAAUCGGGUCCAUCAUCUUCAUGAACUGCACCACCUUUGGACCGCGAUACUUUUCCUUCUUCCUCGUCAUAUUCAUCUUCGCCAUGAACAGCACCAUCUACAGCUGGAUCGCCUCGUCCAUCCCUCUGGGCAACUCCGCCUCCAUCUGGACGCCGUACACCUUUACCGAGAAUCAGGCGCCGUACUAUCGCACUGCGUUCGGAAUCAGUCUUGCGCUGCAGAUACUUGCCGCUUUGAUGGGUGUCACUCUACGGUGGGUGUUGGAGGUGGAGAAUAGACGGCUGGAGAAGUUGGAGAAUGAAGAUGCGCCGUUGUCCGAGGCGGAUAUGGAGAGUCUGAGGAGGACGGCGGAGAUUGGGGGGAUUGAUAUUGCGAUGGCGAGGGCCCAGCAGAGGGGAUUCCGAUAUAUGAUCUAG